UUCCACUUGAUGAAAAAAGUGGGAGAAAGUAAAUCAUCAAUAAGUAAAUAAAUAAAUAAUCAAAAGGGUUGAUAACAUUAUUAUUAGGAGCUGUUCGCAAAACAGGAGGAUGGGCCGAGGAAAGAUGUUCAUGUUUCUGACAUAUCUUCUGGUGGUGACAAUAUCAAUGGUACAAGGUGAAGACCCUUACAUAUUCUACACGUGGAAUGUAACAUAUGGGACAUUAUCUCCUCUUGGAGUUCCACAACAAGUGAUUCUCAUCAAUGGACAAUUUCCUGGACCUCAAAUUAACUGCUCAUCCAACAAUAACAUUGUUGUGAAUGUGUUCAACAAACUUGAUGAGCCUGUGCUUUUCACAUGGAGUGGUAUCCAACACAGGAAGAAUUCAUGGAUGGAUGGUACAUUGGGAGCCCAAUGUCCAAUCCUACCUGGCACCAACUUCACCUAUCAUUUCCAAAUUAAAGAUCAAAUCGGAACCUUCCUCUAUUAUCCGACCACAUCCAUGCAUAGAGCUGUUGGAGGUUACGGUAUGAUUCGUGUGUUUAGUCGUUUGUUGAUCCCAGUUCCAUACCCGAAUCCUGAGGAUGAGUUCAAUGUUAUCAUUGGAGAUUGGUAUACUAAGAAGCACGCGACGCUUCUCAAACUCUUGGACAGUGGACGAUCUAUUGGCAGGCCAGCUGGUGUGAUCAUUAACGGCAAAACCGCGAAAGGCGAUGGAAGUGAUGAGCCACUCUUCACCAUGAAGCCUGGCAAGACAUACAAGUAUAGGAUUUGCAAUGCUGGGAGUAAGAACUCUCUCAACUUCAGGUUCCAAGGCCAUGUCAUGAAGCUGGUUGAGACAGAGGGAUCUCAUGUGGUUCAAAACACUUAUAACUCUCUCGACGUCCAUGUUAGCCAAUGCUUUACUGUUCUCAUGACUGCUGAUCAAGAGCCUAAGGAUUACUACCUUGUUGCUUCUACUCGCUUUACUAAGGUCGUUCUCACAGGUAAAGGCAUCGUUCGCUAUGAAAAUAGCAAAGGACUUGCCUCAGUACAGAUCCCUAAGGCACCUGUUGGCAUCGCUUGGUCUAUUAACCAAUUUCGAUCUUUUCGGUGGAACCUCACAGCCAGUGCUGCUAGGCCUAAUCCUCAAGGUUCAUAUAAAUAUGGUCAAAUUAACAUCACUCGAACCAUCAAAUUGAUAGGAUCAAAUAAUAAGGUACAAGGGAAAGAUCGAUAUGCGCUUAAUGGGGUCUCACAUGUAGAUCCUCAGACCCCUUUGAAGUUGGCUGAAUACUUCGGAGUUGCUGACAAAGUAUUCAAGUAUAACACCAUCUCUGACGAACCCUCAGCCGAUCUAGAGAGCCUCACUAUUGAACCAAAUGUCAUAAAUAUAACCUACCGCACCUUCGUCGAGAUCAUCAUUGAAAACCACAAGAAAAGCAUGCAAUCAUAUAACUUGGAUGGAUAUUCCUUCUUCGCUGUUGCAAAUGAGCCAGGAAGAUGGGCCCCAGAGAAAAGGAAGAACUAUAACCUUCUAGAUGCUGUGAGUAGGCACACCGUCCAAGUGUUCCCAAAUUCUUGGGCAGCCAUAAUGCUGACAUUCGAUAAUUGUGGAAUGUGGAACUUGAGGUCGGAGUUAGCUGAGAAUCGCUACUUGGGCCAACAAUUGUACGUUAGCGUUUUAUCCCCAGAACGAUCUCUCAGAGAUGAAUACAACCUUCAAAACACAACUUUACUUUGUGGCAUUGUUAAGGAUUUGCCCUUGCCUCCACCAUAUUCCUCCUAAUUACAAUGUUCCUUAAUCCUCAUUAUUGGUUACCUUAUGCCAUCUGAUUGACUUUUGAGAAUGAAAUGAAAGCAAGGGGAAUGUUGUAAUAUUUUAAUAACUGAGGUUGAAAUAUUAUACACUUAGUUAUUAAUUAAUAAAAUCAACCCUUUUGGAAA